CUUAGCGAUAUGAGAGCGGCGGCUUUGUGCGACAAGCAUGCAAAAUUGUUCGAAGAACAAGAGGAUCCAGCAAAUAAGUCAUUUUUCUCGGAAAUUAUUUCAUCUAUUUCUGAUGUGAAAUUCAGUAAAGAUGGUCGAUAUAUCCUCUCGCGUGAUUAUUUGACCCUUAAAAUUUGGGAUAUAACCAUGGAAAAUCGACCACUGAAAACAAUCAAUAUUCACGAUCAUUUACGAAAUAAGCUUUGUGACCUUUACGAGAAUGAUUGUAUUUUUGACAAGUUUGAGUGUACAUUUAGCGGGGAUGGCCAAAAUGUCUUGACUGGUUCAUAUAAUAAUUAUUUCCAUAUUUAUGAUCGGGAAGGUCUAACUGAUGUUGCUCUGCAGGCUGAUAAGAGUGCGUUUAAGGCGAAACGUGUCGUAUCACCAAAGAGUAAUAAAAUACUUCGUGGAAAAAAUAACAAGAAAGAAGAGAUUAAUGUGGAUGCUAUCGAUUUCAAUAAGAAAAUUCUUCAUGCUUCAUGGCAUCCAAAUGAAAAUUCGAUCGCUGUUGCCGCUACUAAUAAUCUUUUUAUUUUUACGUGCGUAUGA